GUUUGACACUUGCGAGAUCCUGGAGAAAAGGGACUUGACACAUGUCAACAAAAAAAUAUAAAUUAAUACUAGCUAGCACAGGCAUGCCAAGGUGUGCCAGUGUAGAAUAGGCUGACCCAUCACURCACCUACAGGUCCUGUGCUGUCCACAUGACCACCCCUCCCAUGGUGGCGUUCGCUGGGCAGCAGGCUCAGGCUGCCCGUGAUGUCAACACGGCGUCGCUCUGUCGCAUCGGCCAGGAGACGGUGCAGGAUAUCGUCUUACGCACCAUGGAGAUCUUCCAGCUGUUGAGGAACAUGCAGCUGCCAAAUGGAGUGACGUACCACCCCAGCACCCACCAGGACAGGCUGGGCAAACUGCAGGAGCACCUGCGUAUGCUCUCUGUCCUCUUCCGCAAGCUGCGCCUCGUCUACGACAAAUGCAAUGAAAACUGCACCGGUCUGGACCCCGUAACCCCAGAGCAACUCAUCCCGUAUGUGGAGGACGACGGCAGCUCCAGACACAAUGAACGCUCGGCCAGCCAGGCCCGCCCGGCAACAGAAGAGAGGAGGGAGAUCCUGGAGGUUAACAAGAAGCUCAAACAGAAGAACCAACAGCUGAAGCAGAUAAUGGACCAGCUCCGAAACCUCAUCUGGGAGAUAAACUCCAUGCUGGCUGUUAGGAGUUGAAUGGCAAACACGGCGACACAGAGUGUGACACACAGGCGCAGGCGUGCAUACAUACACAAACAUAUAUACACACACACCACCGACAGGAAGAUAUGGUUAUUAACUGGAUAAGUGACAGGGUCCCUCUAAGGUGGCACUUAAGAAAUGCAAGCUUUCACAAUAUACCACUCUCAGUCCCACAAGACGAGUUGGGAGAGAAGAGGGGGGAAGAAAGCAAAGAAGAAUGAAGAUAAAUCAUGCAAUGGGGAAAUGCUGAUAUACACUAACCGGCCAAUUUAUUAGGCACACCCAUUUAGUACUGGGGUCAGACCCCCCUGCCCCCAGAACAGCCUGAAUUCUUUGGGCAUUAUACAAGGUGUCAGAAACGUUCCACAGGGAUUUUGGUCCAUGCUGAAGCGAUGGCAUCAUGCAGUUGCUGCAGAUUGGAUGGUGGUACAUUCAAUAGGCACACAAUCACCAACACUGGAUAACU